CAGGAUGGGAAAAUCGGCACAUAAGUCAAGGAAGAGGAAGAGGUCGUCGUCAGGGGAUCGACUUACGAGGUUGGAGGAAAAACUAUCACGCUUGAUCAGUGUAUUAUCAAGGAAUGAGGUUAGAGCGCUCGGCGUUCCCUCUCCUUCAGCAUCCGCGUCCUCUCUCCCCGCACAUCAAAGCGACCAAGAGUCGAAUGGCGAUGGAGAUCAGGAAGGACAAAUGGGUCCGCACGACUCAGCAUUAACACCCACUCCUCCCAAGACUAUAAUUCUUGAGGAAACUGAGACUAUCGAAGAGGUACCAGACGAGACUUCGGCGGAUACCCUAUCCAAGGAACUUUUCGGUUCCGAACCGGAAGGAUCAAAUACCCUUCCCUGGAAUGAGCUGGUCAUUCAGAAAUGGCGUGAUCUCUCGCAGAAGGGCCUUCCCCCGGAACAACGGGAGACCCUACUUAAGCAAUAUUGUCCGUCGGAAGAAGCGGCUUUUCUCAAAGCCCCCAGGCUGAAUCCUGAGUGCAGAUCAGCUCUCAAAAAAUAACGCCAUCGUAAAAAGGGACGAU